AUGUCUAAGUCUAAGAACCAUACCGCCCAUAACCAAACCAAGAAGGCUCACAAGAACGGUAUCAAGAAGCCAAGAUCCCACAAGUACCCUUCAUUAAAGGGUGUUGACGCUAAGUUCAAGAGAAACCACAGAUACGCUUUACAUGGUACCGCUAAGACCUUAGCUGCUGCUCGUGCUGAAAAGAAAUAA